GAAGAAGAAGCAGACACUCCCUCCUCCCAGUGCCAAGAAAAAGCAGAACAAACAGCUGAUCCAGCACGGUCACUUUUUUAUCAAAACAAGAUGAAAAAUCUACUUUUGCUGCUUCUCUUGUGUCACGUGUCGUCAUCAGUAAAACACUCCCUGAAGUUUUUCUUAACUACAUCUUCUGGAAUCCCAAACUUCCCACAGCUUGUGGUUGCUGCAAUGGUUGAUGACCUUCUGACGGGUUACUGUGACACCAAUAUAAAGAGAAUACAACCAAAACAGGACUGGAUGAAAACAGCAUUAGAAAACAAUCCGCAGCAUUUGGAGUGGUACACUCAAUACUGUUUUGAGAUCCUGCCACAUAUAUUCAAAGCCAGGAUGGACAACUUGAAGCAGCACUUCAACCAAAGUGGAGGUAUCCACGUUUUCCAGAGGAUGAUUGGCUGUGAGUGGGAUGAUGAGACUGGAGAGGUUAAGGGUUUUAUGCAGUAUGGUUAUGAUGGAGAAGACUUCAUAUCAUUGGACCUGAAGACACUGACAUGGAUCGCUCCGAAACCACAGGCUGUCGUCACCAAACUGACAUGGGAUGCUGACAAAGUCAGACUAAUAGACUAUGAAAACUACUUAACUCAUGUUUGUCCUGAGUGGCUGAAGACUUAUGUGGCCUUUGGAAAUAGCUCUCUGCAGAGAAAAGACCUUCCCUCAGUGUCUCUCCUCCAGAAGUCUCCCUCCUCUCCACUCAGCUGCCACGCUACAGGUUUCUACCCUGACAGAGCCAUGAUGUUCUGGAGGAAAGAUGGAGAGGAGAUUCAUGAGGACGUGGAGCUCGGAGAGAUCCUCCCCAACCACGAUGGAUCCUUCCAGAUGAGUGUUGACCUGAACCUUUCAUCAGUCCCACCUGAAGACUGGAGGAGGUACGACUGUGUGUUUCAUCUCUCUGGUGUGAAGGACCACAUCGUCACCACACUGGACAAAGCAGUGAUCAGGACCAACAUGGAGAAGCCCAGUGACAUCACCGUCCCCAUCACUGCAGCAGUGGUUGUUCUCGUCCUCGUUGUUUCCACUGGAUUCAUUGUUUACAAAAAGAGGAAAGCCAAACUUCCCCCAUCUCCUCCUGACAGCAGCUCUGAGCUCUCUGAGAAACUCAAUCCAGAAACCUGACUGACAAAAAGAGUAAACACUAUGAUAUCUGUUACAUUAUAGCUUUACAAAGCUUUACAAAAAGUCUGAAAGAUGGCUUCCUGCAAUCAGAAUGAAGUGGUUAUGAUUCAUAUGCUUGAUAUUCAAAAAUGAAAUAUAAUAAAUUUAUUCCAGAUCACACAUUUUUAAUGUUUUACAUAUAGUAUGUCAGAUUUUUCUAUUAAUCUUUAUUUUCUCACUUAUUUUACUGUGAUGCAACAAAGUGUUUCCUGUUUCUAAGAAUGCUAAAUAAAUGUUUUUGAUUAUAUUGUAAUAUUUUAUGGCUUCAGAACAAAUGAAUUACAGGUUUCUGUCAACAUGUAGAGACUGAAUGCAGUGAUUAAAAUCACCUCUUGUGGUGGAUUAGACAGGACAGGUGAAGAGACAUGAUUCAUGACAAGUUUACCACAGGGGUUACUAACUAGUAGCUACUGGUAAGACUGGAGGAGCCACAUAGACAGUGAUGGUGGUUGGACAGUUGAGCGGACCAUGGCAGUCAUGAAGUUACCUGUUGAAUCGUUGGACUGUAGUUUAGCCUGAGCAGAUAUGAUGAAGAGAUCAGGCAGCAGAGUUUCAGCUCUUUGCUUGGGUGAGUGAAGGAUUUAAAGGCAGCUUAAAGAUACAUUAGGUCAGGAUCAGAGAAUGGUGUCGCCUGUCAGAGGGCUCAGAUUUAUAACGCCACAGCUAACCUAGGACCUAAUGAAAGGUCAAUCAUGAUUUAACAUGAAUAAUGGGCUUCUAUAGGAAUCCACACAACCUCUGGCACAUUUUCCUGUGUACUGAUAACCAUAAAUGAAUGUGAAAAUCAAAUGUAUUGCUCUUUCUUUUGGUGCUGAUGUUUUGCUUUUCAAUAAAGUCAACCAUUUUCAAAA